AUGUCUGGUCUGUUAACAAACGCUGAUAUCAGUAGACUGGUAGGUGUAUUUGGAAGUAACUGGGAAAGUGUGAUGCUGAUACUUGGCUUCAAGAAAGCUCAAAUUGAGCUGGAGUUGGAGAACAAUGGCCACAAUGUGAACAGAGCAAUCCCAGGCUUGUUGAUGAAAUGGCGGCAGAGAGUAGGAAAAGAUGCCACAUUUGAACACCUUAGGAAAGUGUUCAAAGAGGCGGAGGAGCUCCAUUCUGUUUCAGUAGAUUGGGAUGUGUUUGAUGAAGCUUUGAUUAAUUUUGAUGUAGUAGAUUGUACAAGCUUGUCAAGUGUAGCAGAGUCUGGCAUUGGUUAUCAAUCACAAGCUGGCAGUUUUAAUUCAAGAGCUCAAGUGGACGGUACAAGAGAGGACCCUGUCGCUUCAGCUCAGCAAAGUAAUUCUCAUCACGAUGAACUUGAUAGUGUUCAGAUGUCGAAGAUCAUUGACAUCAAAGCAAAUCUGAAGGCUAACUAUACUCUAUUAGUAGCAGAGCUGAACCCAAAAGAUGUUUUACCUCAGUUGUUUGAGAAAGAUGUGAUAUCAUUUGAUGAAAUGGAAGAGCUAGGACCAAAAGCAAGAAGGGAUAGUGCCAUACAGCUGCUAGGAAUAUUGAUGCGUAAAAAGGAGUCGGAUUGUGCAAAAUUUGUUGAAAUUUUACUUCAAGUUGGAUACACAGAUAUCUUCGACUCUAUAGUGAACACAGAUCAAAAGCCUCAGCUUGAAAUACUUCCAGCUCCUUGGUUUGAUGAGCUUCCAGAUUCUACAAAAAAUAAAAUCCUAUCUGAGAUUGACGCCAGUCGCCUAGCAACCACUCUUGGCAACAACUGGGAAAGUGUCUUGUACAACUUAGGUUUCAGAAAAGCUCAAAUAGACCAAGAAUUUCAAUCCAACGGAUCAAACACACAAAGAACUAUUAGCAACACAUUAAUUAAAUGGAAGCAACGGAGUGGGAGAAACGCAACAUUCAACAAUUUAAUUAAAAUAUUUCGAGAAUCUGAAAAACAUAAUAAUGCUUAUAUUGACUGGGAGCGCCUGGAAACUUUUUUCUAACAAACACUGGUAAAUGAAUUAUAUGUAUGCCAAUUCCACCCAGUAUCUGAUAUGCAAAUUUAGAUUUAACACUG